CGGCCCGCCCCGGAGGAGCCGGACGGCGGGUCGGCGGCGGCGGAGAGCUUCCUGUACAGCGGGGACCGGGCGGCCCUGGCGCUGGGGGGCUGCUCCCGGAGCUACCGGCCGGGCGCCCGCAACCCCGCCCCGCCGGGGGGGUCCUACGGGCCGCUGGGUGCCGCCGCCGACGGGCUGGCCAACACGGCCAACUUCCUGAACCUGGUGUUCCAGGCCAGCGACCUGCGGGAGGCCACCCUGGAGGAGGACAUGGAGUGGUACCACGCCCUGGCCCGGGCGCUGCUGGAGGACACGCCCCUCGUCCAGCGCGCGCUGCUCACCUUCGACGCCGAGCCGGCGGCCGAGGCCGCCACGCCGCGCCUGGUGCUGGUCGCCCUGCGGGGGCCGGGCCUCAAGGUCCCGACCAUCCUGCUCCAGGACCUGACCAAGGCCUGGGAGACCCUGCACCCCCCCGGCCCCCCCGCCGGCCCCGCCCCCGGCUCUGGCCCCGACUGGGACGACGGCUGGUUCUCCGACCUCAAGUUUCCGGGGGCGCGGGCGCUGGGGGCGCUGUCAAAGCGGGUGCUCUUCAACGACCUGGCCACCCUGGACACGCCCAAGUGGAAGCGGGGCGACGGCUACGUGACCAAUCGCAGCGGGGUGCGCUGGGCGGACUCCCCCUUCCUGGAGUGCAAGGACGGCCGCUUCCUGCCAGCAUGGCUGCUAACGCUCUCCACUUCCUUCUACGGCCUCAAACCCGACCUGACCCCCGAGUUCAGGGGUGUGAUCCGUGUGGAUGUGGACAUCCAGAGCAUCGACGUGGACCAGUGUGCAGUGGGAGAAGGCUGGUUCUCUGACACACAUCAGUGCAACCGCACCUCCAUGGAGUGUGAGCCAAUAGCAGGCCAGGGUUUCCGGCUUGGUCAGUACUGUUGUCUCUGUAAGGAGGGCUACUACAACUUGGACCAGCAGAAAGGGGGUGUAGAUGAGGCGGAGGUGGGGAACGGGACCACCAGGACCUGCUACCCUUCCCUCCCGGUCUGCCUGCCCUGCUGGCCUGGCUGCGGUGCCUGCCUGGACGGGAGCCCCUGCAGGGUGCAGGAGGACUGGGUGCUGCGGUCCGUGGUGAUGGCCGGCCAGGGUGCCCUCAUGGUCCUCGUCUUCUUCAGCAUGAUGGCCGCCUACCACCACCGGCGCGCAAAGAGGAUUCGAGCGUCUGGCCUACUCCUCCUAGAGACCAUCUUGUUCGGCUCCAUACUGCUCUACUUCCCGGUGUUCAUCCUGUCCUUCCAGCCGAGCACCUUCAGGUGCAUCCUGCUGCGCUGGGUCCGGAUGACGGGCUUCUCCAUCGUGUACGGCACCGUCACACUCAAGAUGUACCGUGUUCUGAGAGUCUUCCUCUCGCGGACGGCCCAGCGGGUGCCCUACAUGUCCAGCCUGCACCUGCUGCGGAUCCUGGGCAUGAUGCUGGUGACCGUGUGCUGGUUCCUGUGCGCGUGGACCGUGGGCGUCCUGCAGAAUCGCCAGAGGAACGUCCCCAUCCUGAUCACCUCCCAGACAGUGGACGGACAGAGCUUCACCACAUGCUCCCUGGACUGCUGGGACUACAUGAUGUCUGUGGCCGAGCUGCUCUUCCUGUGCUGGGGGAGCUCCCUGUGCAGCGCGGUGAGGCCGGUGCCCUCGGCCUUCCACGAGCCUCGCUACAUGGGCAUCGCCAUCCACAACGAACUGCUGCUCUCCGUCACCUUCCAGCUGCUCAGGUUCAUGUUACCAUCGCUCCACCCUGAAUGGAUGCUACUGCUGUCCUUCACACACACCCAUGUGACCACCACGGUGACCCUGGCCCUGCUCUUCAUCCCCAAGUUCCUCGAUAUUUCGCAGGCAGGACGAGAGGAGAUCGCAGCAGAGGUGUAUGAGGAUGAGGUGGACCUUCGGCGCUCCGGGUCCUACCUGAACAGCAGCUUCCAGUCGGCCUGGAGCGACCACAUGCUGGAGCCUGAUGACAUCCGGGACGAACUGAAGAAGUUGUAUGCCCAGUUGGAGGUCCACAAGACCAAGAAGAUGACUGUGAACAACCCUCACCUCUCCAAGAAGAGGAGCUCCCGCCUGCCGGGCUUGGGCAGGUCCAUCAUCAAACGCAUCGCAGAGAUCCCAGAGUCUGUGAGCCGCCAGUGCAGCCGGGAGGACCGGGACUUCGGCCAUUACAGCCGAGGUGUGGCUGAGUCCGAUUCCUUCAGAAAAGGCCCCGAAACCGUGAGCAUUAGCUACAGGUCCAUGAACACCCCCUCGCCGUCAAUGCGGAAGUCCCUCAGCGAGCACGACUAUGCCAGGGAGCGGGAGGCCUCCGUGCGGAGCUCCUUGUUGAGACCCAAUGUGUCGAACAGGGCAUCUCAGCGCUCCGAGACCGACUCCUUGGACAUCCCUCCAGGGGUCUGCAAGUCGGCCAGUGCGCAAAACCUGACAAUAGACAACAACCUGCUGCAUCCCGACCACACAAAGCUCCACAAGUCCCGGAGCCUCACCUCCACCAACACCCACUCCAUGGAGGACAUGGCCAUGAUGAACCGAGCCAACUCCAUGAUCACAAGGUCCAAGCAGCAGUUGACCAUCAAGGAGCAGACGACCAGUGCCCUGCAGUCACAGUCCUUUGACAAGGCAAACGUCUGUCCGUGGGAGAUGGAGGUCGAUCGACCUGUCGAUAUGAACCAAAGACAAGUCACCUAUGCUUAUUCUCAGGGGAGCGAUGGUGACUGCUCAGACAUUUUGCCUCCCAAUUCUCCCAUAGUCCAUGUCUGUCCAUGGGACUAUGCGCCCACUCCCGAGCCAUCCCCUGCAGUGGAAAGGAGAGUUGAAGGAGAAAAUGACUCACAAACAACAAAGGCUCAUGUAUCUGCGAGUGCUCCUGGCACGCCCAGGCCGAUCAUCUCAAAAGACCAGCGAGGGUUCUCCUUGCGCAACACAACUCAGAAGUGGCUGUCAGUGAAGGCCUACAUUGGAUCGGUUGAAGCUAAGGAUGAUCAAAACAGGGGUGCAGGGUCAAGGAAGGGGAGCAUAGUCUCGCAACUCAGUCAAGAGAGCACCUGCACGACCAGAUCGGCAACUUGUACAAAUCCAAACUCAGAAAGAAAGACACUUCCAAAGAGAAGCCUCACAACAGUUGAGGGGAAACCUUGCCUUGUUAAGCAAAGCGCGAUCCGCCUUUCAUCUGGUGAUUCCUCUGAUCGGAGCCCAAGGAGGCUGGUGAUCGGAAAGUCUGCCAUCCACCCGUCGGACUCCUUGGACACACAGAUGUAUGAAAAUGUGUUCUCCUCCAGGCAAAACAGCAUUCGCAGCAACACGAGCUCCUGGGGAACCGGCGGAGGCCAUUCGAGAACCCCUUCCACUCACAGAAGAGGCAGCGUUCGACUUACGCCCUCUAGGACCUCACAUCAGUCUUCCACUGAUGUAUGUCCAUGGGAUGUCCCACAGGGCCCCAUCCUGCAGAAACAACUUAGCGCUAAAGCUAAUGUUUGUCCUUGGGAGGUUGAGGAACCCCAGGUAUCAGAACGAACCGGUGUGUGUCCCUGGGAAUCGACGGAACAUGACCAAAUGAAAAGACGAGGGAGUGCUCAUUCCAAUGUUUGUCCUUGGGAAACCCAUGACACUCCUACAACUCCCCGGAUCAAGGUGAUACAACAGUCACUUUCGCAGUCGAGUCAACAGUCUUUGGGAAAAAUCGGAGACGUAUGUCCCUGGGAGUCCAGCGAUCAGGGACCAGGUGACGCCAAUAUUUGUCCUUGGGAUGUUCAGGAGGACAAGCCUGAAGUUGUGUAUGAAAAUAUAAAACCUUCAGAGAGGAAGAGCCUACUGAGGGUGCCGUCAGCCCAUGAGAAGAAACCAUCAACUAGUUUGUCCGCAACAUCGGCCGCCCGGCAAAUAAGCAAGACAUCCGACAGCUGCCCUUGGGAGUUCCCCGACCCGCCCAAAAAUUUUGCAGACGUCCUUGAAUUGGUUGAGGGAGAGAAAGGACACUCACCAGAGACCACCUCAAUCAAUGUCUGUCCAUGGGACACGGGAAAUGAAGACAAACCAAAAGACGCGCCUUCGAACGUAUGUCCUUGGGAAACUGCAUCAGUACAUGUAGAAGAGACGGAUAGCACAAAGACAAACAUAUGUCCUUGGGAACCGCCGCAGCCAAACAAACAUCCAACCAUUGAGGUCAACUUGGUGAAGGAUACGGAAAAGACUACCUCGCAGGACAGUGUAAGGACAGGGGUUUGUCCCUGGGAGUCAGAGGAGGCAGAUGCAUCUAAGACACAAGCCUUUAAAUCCUCCUCGGUGUCCCUUGUCAGUCAAGACACCGCUCGGGCCAACAUUUGCCCAUGGGAUGAAGAGCCAGUGGUAGAGAAGGUUCAGCGACUGGGAGGUUCUCUCUCAGAUGUCAGCACAAGAGGUGUGGCACAGCAGGAGGGUGUUCUACCUGCUGUUUGUCCUUGGGAAGCUGAAGAACCAGCUGCUCUCCAAAAACAAGACAGUGGACGUGGAAAUGUUUGUCCAUGGGACACCGGGGUACCAGAGGACAUAAAAAAAACAGAGAGCGGACCAGGAGACGUUUGUCCUUGGGACACCGGGGAACGGGCUAUUCACAAUAAACAAGAGAGUGUACCCGCUGCCGUUUGUCCUUGGGACAAUGGAGAACCAGCUGUUCCCAAAAAACCAGAGAGUGGAACCGGGGACAUUUGUCCUUGGGACACCGGUGAACCUGCUGUUCCCAAAAUACAAGAAAGUGGAAAAGGAGACGUUUGUCCUUGGGACACUGGAGAACCAGCUGUUCUCAAAAAAACAGACAGUGGAAAAGGAGACGUUUGUCCUUGGGACACUGGAGAACCAGCUGUUCUCAAAAAAACAGACAGUGGAAAAGGAGACGUUUGUCCUUGGGACACUGGAGAACCAGCUGUUCUCAAAAAAACAGACAGUGGAAAAGGAGAUGUUUGUCCUUGGGACACUGGAGAACCAGCUGUUCUCAAAAAAACAGACAGUGGAAAAGGAGAUGUUUGUCCCUGGGAAACCAGAGAAGCAGAGGUCAUAAAAAAACCAGAUGUUUGUCCUUGGGAAAGUGAGGAGCCAGCUCUUCCCAAAAGCCAAGACAAUGGAAAAGGAGACGUUUGUCCUUGGGAAACCGGAGAACCAGAAGCUCUUACAAACAUAGAUAGUGUUCAUACAAACGUUUGUCCUUGGGAAACUGAAGAGCCUCCAAAGCCCUCUGUAAGCCCGCCCUAUAUCAACCUCAGCGACAUUAAGGCCACCGAAACCCCGGCAGCAGCCACUCCAGAGGAGGCCGCGAUGCAGAGCGGCACAGACUUGGACCAGGAGGCAAAGGCCAACCUGCCACUAGGUCGACGGGACGCCCUGUGUCCCUGGCCGAUGGAGACCUCUAUGGACAACGCCUCCGAUGUUUUCACCUGGGAGCCUGAGAACAUCCCGGAGGAAGACGAGGAGGCUGACGCCGAAUGUGAAGCUGAGGCCUUCUUCUUUCCGUCAGACUUGUGAAGACACACGACUGGCACUGAAGCAGCUCCCUACAGGGUUUUAGCUCUCCACUCACACCCCUCCAGAGCUCCGUCUUCCCCUUGGGAACAUGCCCAGAAAAUGGAGAUGAGGACCUGGGGCCCUUCACUGCCCGGAUCACCGCUCCUGUAAAAGCUGGUAGUAACUAUACAGUAAUAUACCAUACCAGCAUGGGCUUCGAAGGUUUAAGCCAGAACACAGACGCGUGUCUGACCUUUGCCCUUUGACCAGAGACGAGGAUAAAACAGUCUCCCUUCCCGCAUCUACCCCAUAUUGAAUGUUGUUUUUUUGUGUGUAUGUUUUAAUGUACCAAACAUCAAAUCCAUGUCGAAUGGAGAAUAUUUUACAGGUCUUUAUAUCAUGCGAGACAAACAAGGAAAUAAACAACAUUCCGCCAAUGCAACUCCAAGCAUAACCAGCUUACUGAAGUCCUCAACAGGUAUCUUCAUCUUUACAACCUUCAGAGUAAUUUUGGAGGCGUAGGGAUUUUAAGUUGAAAUCAAAAGCCAAGAUUUGAACGGGUAUGAUAUUCAGGAGAAUAUUGUGCAGAACUAUGCAGAUAGUUUCAAAAGUAGUACGCAUAUUGCUGGUCUCAUGAAACGAUUAAACAUUUUAAAUUACAAAUAUAAAAUAUUCAAAUAAGUUAAAAUAAAAAGUAAAUGAUUUAAAAAAUAUGAAUAUAUAAAUCUCAUAUCGCGCUCAUGUGUUUCCAGCUCAACACAUUUUGCAGCUAGGAAUAAGGAGAUGAAAUAAACCUAUUAAAAUAAUGUUUAUUUGACUUUAAUUUUGUCCACCAUUUAUCCUGGCCCGUCACAUGGUACACAUGUUAAAAUGCAAUUUCCAAAUCACUAAAAGUGUUCAUUUAUAUUUUACCAAGCUAAUGACUGAUAACUAAAUGUGGUUUAUACUGCGAUGAACAUAGAAACAAACUUUUUAGUAACCGAAGCCUGUGAAGAGGUUCUCAAAUCGGUUGUUUGUGGUGUUUCCCGUGUGCAGUAACGGGCAGACUCACGUGUUGGUCCACAGGUAAGAAAGGCUAUGUGAUUGCUUCUGCAUUUUGUGUCAUCUACUUUUUUGGAACCAGUGUGUUUUCUUGUGUAAAAUAAUUGCCAACGCAACAACAUCCAAACUCUUAUCUCGGUAACCUAAUGUUUGUUCUCAUGUAAUUUUGUCGUGUUUGUGUGAAAGAGAUUAUUCCACUGAAUAUUCUCAGUGAGCCUGUGACACCGUGGGGGUCAGAUGGGACAUUUUAUUUUUGUAUUCCUUAAGUAUCACAUGUAUUAAACUCAACUCAAUAAACCUGUACAAUGUCUGGACACACGUUUUUCCAGAAUUUGA